AUGCAGACGGCAAAGGGGAAGGCCGAGGCGCAGGGACGAAAGGCCAAGCUUGCCACCUCGUACCAGGAGCUUCUAGACGAGUUCUCGAGCAAGGACCUCAAGUCCGUUGGCAACUAUACCCUCGGCCGCCUCAUUGGCAAAGGCUCCUUCGGCAAGGUCUACCUGGCCACACACAAACUCACGAAUGGCUCCAAGGUCGUCUUGAAGUCGGCGAAUCGAACCGACUCGAACCUUGCCCGCGAGAUCCACCACCACCGCCAAUUCGUCCACCCCCAUAUUGCCAGAUUGUAUGAGGUUAUUGUGACGGAGAACUUGGUGUGGAUGGUGCUCGAGUACUGUGCAGGUGACGAACUAUACAACUACCUGCUCGACCAUGGCCCGCUCCCUGUGGCCAAGGUGCAAAAGAUCUUUGCUCAGCUGGUCGGCGCCGUCAGCUACGUCCACAUGCAGUCCUGCGUCCAUCGCGAUCUGAAGCUCGAAAACAUCCUCUUCGACACCCAUGAAAACGUCAAGCUUGUCGACUUUGGCUUUACGAGAGAGUACGAGGGCCGAACGAACCACUUGCAGACAUUCUGCGGAACAAUAUGCUACUCUGCGCCGGAGAUGCUCAAGGGGGAAAAGUACGCGGGCGAAAAGGUGGAUGUCUGGAGCUUGGGCAUCAUCCUGUACGCCCUGCUCUGCGGAGAGCUCCCCUUUGACGACGACGACGACAACGUGACGCGAAACAAGAUUCUGACGGAGGAGGCAAAGUAUCCCGACCACUUUCCCGUCGAGGCGAUUCCUCUCAUCAAGUCUCUUCUUUCGAAGCGUCCUCUCCUCCGACCGACACUUCCGGAGAUCCUAGCUCACCCGUUCCUUGCAGAACACGCGCCGGCACAGCAGGCUAUUCUCGAAACCAAGGCCUUGCCCCCCUUUUCUACUCACCUGGAGAAGGAUUGCCUACACCGCAUGCGCAGUGCUGGGGUAGACAUUGACGCGCUCAUGGAGAGUGUCACUGCGCAAAAGUGCGAUACGUUGGCUGGAUGGUGGACGCUGCUGCUCGAGAAAGAGGAGCGAAAACAGCGUCGGAGAGAAAGGAAGAGGAAAGAAAGAGAGGCGGACAAGAGCCUCCAUCGAAUCUCCGUGGCAUCGAGUCGAUUCGAGCGGAUGCUGCAGGAUGUUGACGAGGACGGCGGUCUAACGAAGCAGUUUAUCAAACUGGGAGAACCCGCGAUGCCCAGGACCCGCGGGAGACCGGAUCGUAGGAGCGCUCACUACUAUGACCUGGCCAUACAUGACAUGUCGUACUUUACGGAGGGAAGUCGUUCGAAUGGUCCGCAGACCCCCGACGAAAACGGUCGCCAUCGUUCCAUCGACAGCCACUCGAUUCGCUCGGUCUCGACAACGCGCAACUACCGGCCCAUCCCACCGCCCAAGGAAGGCAUUCUGCGCAGUGCCAGAUCUCGAGGAUCGACCCUGCACCUUGUCACCACCACCGAGUCCCUGGGCCUGGGCGACCCCCACAGCGCGCCCCCGAGCUCGCAGCAGCAGGACGACAAUAGUCUACAGAAGGCGAAGAAGAGACCUAGUCAAGCUAUCAUCGCUCACUGGAAGAACUGGACUCAUUGGUUCAUCGAAAACACGACUAGACGGCGGCGUGGACAUGAGCGACGCACGAGUCGGAGCGUGCCCGAUCUGCACAAGAAAGAGGGCAGCACCAAAAGCAGCAAUGAUGUCAGUCCUAGGCCGCAGACCAGCAAAUACCCGCACACGAAUCCCUUAGGGGCCAACGCCACGGCUCCCCUCCCCAAGGGCGUCGUUGCGAACGGCCACUUGGGCAGGGCCAACGGGUCGUCCAGCUAUGGCUCCCUCCGCGGAAGCGUAAGCGGGCCGGUGGGAACGCCAUCUCAGCAUCCCCUGAGACCUCACAUUUCUACCUCGCAGGCUUAUAAGCGCCAGUCGCUGUCACCGUCGCCAUUGACACCUCGAGGGACUGUUCGCCGCUCAUCCGCGGGCUUGCGAGGGAGAAAGUCGACCUCGUCUUCCGUAUCUUCCGUCCGGUCAAUGCACCACCACCAUCACACUCACUCCAAGGCGUCUUCCACCAGCUCAACGGGCUCCGUGUCCACGACCAAAACACCGCUAGGCCGUGGACAGUCGCCUCAUCACUCGGUCAAGGUCCUCCCUGCGACGCCCACGGGCCAGUCCUUUCCUUCGAAUAUUCGCCUCGUUCGCAUGCCUCCGGUGAACUCGUAUAAUGAGGGUAUGCCUUCCGCCCAGCCACAAGCUCCUGGUUCUCCCAAUCCGUUUGCGUCAGGUGUGAUGUUUGCGAAGCGGAAGAAGAAUAUCUUCAAGGGCCCGAGUCUCAGUUUCGGGGGCCCUCACGGCCAGAUGCGGAACGCAGCCGGUGGUUCCCAUUCUCAUUCCCGCAGCGGCAGCGCCUCGGGCUUGGGACGUCGGUCCGGAGAGAUUACCAUUCAAGAGGAGGACGAAGAUCACAUGGGAGGCGUCGAUGAGGAAGAAGAGAUUGAGGAGGUGGAUGCGUUUGGCCCAGUGGUAGGCGGCCCAGGGGAGAUUAUUGAGGAGCAAAUCCUCGAGGACGAGGCGACGACCCCUACUGCGGAAGUUCACAGUCCUUCGGCGAUUUCUCCCAAGAACACCAUCAGUAGCCACAUAAACCUCGCUUAA